ACAUUGCGGUGCUGGAACUUUUACCAAGCACUUUGAACUUUGAACCUUCAGCAUCGAAGAAACCGAAGGAGAAAGAUCAGAUUCAAUCAACAAAAAAGAGACGAUGGGAGCAAUCAUGAAGCUAAUCGACGCGAUCCUCUUCAUUGUCUUCCUCGUAAUUGCAAUCGUAGCUCCACUUUUCGAUGCUCAAACCUGUCUUUCUUCCAAUAUCUUCCCGGACGUCCUGGUACACCUCAAUACCUGGUACACCCACGAAUAUGGAGAUUACUUGGUCUCUGAAAAACCCCAUUUCUUUGUUGGUCUUGUUUGGCUCGAGCUUCUUUUCGCUUGGCCCCUCUCGAUCGCUUCGCUCUAUGGUAUUGUUGCUGGGAAAUCUUGGUUGCGCACCACCUGUUUGAUGUAUGGCGUCUCCACUCUGACUGCUAUGGUUGCAAUACUAUCAGAACUUGUGGGAUCUGGAAAAGCAUCAGAAAAGCUAUUGAAGCUGUACUUUCCCUUCAUGGGUUUUUCUGUAUUAGCAAUCUUGCGUGGUCUGCUACCGCAUUCGCAAAAGUCAAAGGCGAUUGGCACACGACCGGCACUGAUCAGGAAAAAGAGAGCUUGAAUGGUCUUGUACCAACUUCAGCAAUCAUUGGUCAGUUCUCUCUAAUUUUAAAUCUGCUGGUGAUCUACAUGAGACUUCUGUUUUAAGUUUUGUGCCAUUUAUAUCACCACAUUCGUGUUAUGAACCAUGCCCAUCUAUAACUUAGUUCCAAGUGAUCAUGUUUUUAUAUUGUUGUAACUGGUGAUAUAAAUUAUGAUUUUCACAUUAUGUUUGAUGCAUUUAUGUUUUCA